UGUAAUCGUUCACACACAUAUAGUUAUAACUUAUAACUGUGGGAAGUUUCUAUCUUGAGGAUCAGCCUUACAAAAAUGUUCGUAUCAACGAAUCCGUAGUUUCGGUAAACGUGAACUUGAUAUACAUUAAUUAUUAACACAUAAUAUUUAUACACGAGUUACAUAUUAUAUCCAUUUUCUUAACUAAUUAUCCAUUUUACUAAUUGCCACGAUCCAAUAAACUCAAUAUAAAAAUAUCCGAGAAGACGAUAAAAGAUGCUGUAACUUUUCUCGUUGUUUUAACUGUAAUACGUCACGAAUGAAAUAGAUAUUUAUUCUGUAAUAAUUUCGAUCGACAAUUUGUGCUCAUGUAAAGACGGUAUAAUGCAUCGAUAGAAUACACCUGAAUACACUCUGGAAGAAUGGUGGAAGCAAGUACGAUUCUGAAGAUAUGCAAAGAAGAAAAUAUUUGUUUGCUAUUCGAGAAUAGUUAAACGGUCAAUCAGAUUCUAGUAAACGAGUAACGAGCGAUUAGAUUCGAUAGAAAAUACAUCGGUUCCAUUGAAAUCUAAUACGCCCGCAUGCGUAUUAAUUACUUCUUUUCGCGAACUCGAUCGAAAUACAUUAUCCGACGGGAGAGCACUCUUUGGGCUCCAGAGGAAAGAAAAGUUGUUGUAAUGGCUGCCGUGUCAUGAAAUGAAGGUACCGAGCCAGUUUUGUGGUUCCACGAUGGAGGAUAACUCCAGUUCUACAUCUCAAAAUCACAAUGGACAAUUAUCUAGUGGUGCAAAUGUUUCACUGACAAACAAUAAACAUCAGGGCAGUGACAAUGGUAGCAAUGGCGAUGCCAAGGAUCAAAAGCCACAAUACUCUAUGCCUAGCAUUUUACACUUUAUUCAGCAUGAAUGGACUCGCUUCGAACUUGAAAGAUCGCAAUGGGAACUUGACAGAGCAGAAUUCCAGGCUAGGAUAGCUUUUUUACAAGGUGAAAGAAAAGGUCAGGAAAAGUUAAAAAAUGAUCUAGUAAGAAGAAUAAAAAUGUUAGAAUAUGCGCUCAAACAAGAACGAGCAAGGUACCACAAACUGAAAUAUGGCACUGAUUUAGUAAUUCAAGGAGAUGUAAAGCCUCCUGUUCAAGAUGAAGGUAGUAGUACUUGCGCUUACUCUGAAGUUGGAGGAGGUGGCGACGGGGAAACACCCUUUACUUCGGUCAAUAAUAUCAGUUGGAGACAAGGUCGUCAACUUUUGAGACAAUAUUUACAAGAAAUUGGUUACACAGAUACAAUAAUAGAUGUACGUUCAAACAGAGUGAGAUCUUUACUUGGUUUAAAUAAUAAUACAGAUUCGGAAGACAUGAAUACUCCUGCAUUAAAUGGCAAUGAACCAUCAAAUAAACAAGUAAAGGAGAACUAUGUCUGCAGAGUUUCAGAAAAAAAGCAGAACCCGUCUUCUAUAGCAGAAGCAAUGAUACUAGAUACAGAAGCAGCUGUUUUGGCAAAUUUUGAAUUUCUGGCUCAAACAGAUAUGGAUAUGGAAGAAGAAGAAGGAGACGUAGAAGAUGAUACCUUUGAUUCAAACAUGGAUCCUAAACCAAAUAAAACAAUACUUCGAACAGAGGAUGUUGAUGCAGAGGCAGAAGAAGUUUUAAAUGAACUAAAUCUUCUCACAGAAAUCGAAGAAUCACCACCAGGUUCCGUUCAUUUGGAUAUAUAUUCGACCGAUUGUAACGCAUUACAUUUACGAUCAGAUCCAAGGUGUCCGAAUAAAGAAGGUGAUUCCACAUUAGAAUUGGGUGAAUUAGAACUAUUGUGCGUUAACAAUGAAGCGGAGACCUCAUACGAUAUGGUAGCCACUACAAAGGAGACCUUCAGAAAAACAUGGAAUGUAAAAUAUACGUUACGAUCUCAUUUUGACGCUGUUCGAGCUCUCGUCUUCCACCCCACAGAAGCUGUUCUUAUAACCGCGAGCGAUGAUCAUACACUCAAACUGUGGAAUCUCCAUAAAACUUUACCAGCAAAGAAAUCAGCUUCGUUAGAUGUAGAACCAUUAUAUACAUUCAGAUCGCAUACUGGUCCUGUUCUAUGUUUAGCUAUGUGUAGCACAGGGAAUCAAUGUUACAGCGGUGGUUUAGAUGGUAUGAUUCAUUGUUGGACACUCCCAUCGGCUAACAUUGAUCCCUAUGAUUCCUAUGAACCAAGUGUCCUUAGCCAAACAUUAAAGGGACACACAAAUGCAGUGUGGGGCUUGAGCAUGUAUCAACCGCGAUCGCAAUUGUUAUCGAUCAGUGCCGAUGGAACUGUUAAAUUAUGGAGCCCCCAAAGCAAAUCUCCGCUACUUCAUACAUACGUUUCCGAACAAGACGGCAUACCAACAUCGGUAGACUUCAUAAGAGAUGAUCCACAUAAAUUAGUCGUAGCUUAUGAAGGAGCUUGCGUGGUAUUUGAUACGGAAACUGGUGAGAAUAUAGCUCGUCUGGAAGCUAACGAGACAAAGGGAGUGAAUCGUGUCGUGACACAUCCAACAUUACCGCUAGUUGUCGCGGCACACGAAGACCGACAUAUUCGAUUUUAUGAUCAUCGAUCGGCUACUCUUGCUCAUGCCAUGGUUGCUCAUUUAGAUGCAGUUACUAGUCUUGCUGUUGAUCCCCAUGGUUUAUAUCUACUUUCAGGAAGUCACGAUUGCAGUAUAAGAUUAUGGAAUAUGGAUAAUAAAACUUGUGUUCAAGAGAUAACGGCACAUCGUAAAAAGUUUGACGAAAGUAUUUUAGACGUAGCAUUUCAUCCAUCGCGACCUUUUAUAGCAAGCGCAGGGGCUGACGCUCUUGCCAAAGUGUAUGUGUGAGAUGUAAAUUAAGGUACACAUUUCUACUAUCGACAUGCAUCAAGACGGAACACAUUUUGUACUCAUUCUUUCUAGAUAGUUUUACCUGUACGUGUUACACUUCCAAUUUUGUUGUAACUUAUAUUGCUCUACCUUUGAAGUACCACUUUAAAAAAAAAUCAAAUCUGACGUAUAUAUAUAUAUAUAUAUAUAUAUGUAUAUCCAUGUUAUAAUACUGAAAUUUGCACAUAACCCGUGUCCGCGACAACUUAUCAAAAACCGUAAUUUCGAAUACAAACGCUGCUUAUCAAUGAGAUCUUUAUUAAGUAGCUAUAUUAUUUGGGAUACCGGAAGGGGUGUGUCUUGUAGAAUACUAGUUGACAUAGUUCUGAUAAUUAGACGAAGAAAUACCCCUUACCCAUAAUCCAGGAAGCACACUGCCGCAGUAGCAUAAUAUUUAUCCCUAUGUUAACUAUUUAUUACCAAUAUUACAGUUACUGUUGCACAGCUACUGGAGAUUAAUACGUACUAUUCAAGGAUAAAUUUUUCCUAAUAAAAAUACAUCAAUUAGUCUCCCAUUAUAUAAUUUGUAUGCUACCUUAUAUAUUUAUCGAGGUUAGCAUAUAGUAACAACAGGAUCAGAAGCAACAACAAUAAUAAUAAUUAUAACCAUAAGUUAAUUAUACUGUAAGAGAUAUAAUAUUAAUAACAGUAAAUUAUAACUGUGUGUUUCUCUGUAAUAUAUUGUAUUUAAAAAUAGAUGAACUGUGUAACGUACUAUAA